AUACUAAAUCUUCAUCUACGCGUUCCAGUGUAAGUCCUUCCUCUAAUCCGUCCAUUGUAGGAGAGAAGACAUCAUCUGUCACGGAUCAAAAUCCCCAUUUACCAGACCUUCACAUCAAUGAAAGUUACCCUGAAAGAAUAUCAGAUAAAUCAAAGAAGCAAUUGCUCUCAGAAAUGUUGAAAAUGAGGCCAACUGCUUCCACAGAAUCUCUGCAUCAACUGUCACAACAUAUCAAUGACCUCCUUCAUGAAGAACGGAACCGAGAACUUGCUGCGCUACUUGAAAAACAUAUCCGGGCUAAUGAGCAGCUUAAUGUACAAGUUCAGCAGUUGAGGGACCAAUCACAACAACUGCAGAAUGAACUUCAUGAAGAGAAACAAUCUUUUGUUGAUAAGCAGCGGGAUGUAGGCUCUUUGAAGGAUCAACUACAGGUACAUAUUCAAACAAUAGGAAUUUUAGUGGCUGAGAAAACUGAACUCCAGUCAAAAAUUGACCAACUUAAGAAACAGUCUGACCAAAGGCUUGAUGAAAUUGAAGAAAUGGGAGGUCGUCUUCGGGUUUCCAGACAACGGAUUACAGAGUUGGAACGAAAUAUGUCAUCUAUUAAUUCCUCAAGUCAGCAAUAUGAAAAGAAUAGCAAGGAAUAUGCAAAAGAUAUCGACAAAUUAAAAUUAGAACUAUACAAAUCGAAUCAAACUGUGGAGGAAUUACAACAGCAGAUAUCUGAACUGAAUGGGAAACUCAGUUCAAAGGUGUCAGACUGUUUGGCUCAUGAACAAAAUGUAGAGGAUCUUCAAAAGAAAUUGGAAAUGGCUGAGUUGUACACUCAGCAGCUCAGUAGCCAGAGUGAUAAAGAGUCUCUUAAACUUAUUGAUUCAUUGCAACAAGAACGGGAGGAGUACAUUAAAAAAGUUGAAUAUUACCAAGAAGCAUUCCAAACUGUUACUAAUGAACGUAACCAACAAUCAGAGCAAUACCAGCAUUAUAUAGACCAAUUACAACAACAGACUCAGUCAUUAACUAACCAGGUGACUUCCUUAACUGAAGAAAGAGAAAAAUUAUAUUCGGAGCAGCAUGAGGCUGAAUCUAAAAUGCACAGUUUACGCAGACAAUUAGAGGAGGCUGAAAGUCAGAACCAGUGUGUUAGUAUAUCUUCCUCUGACCUCCAGUCAGAAAUCAAUAAAUUGAGAGCCGAUUAUGAAGAGCUUACCAAAAGGCAUGAAACCCAAAUCCGAGACAAUGCACAACUAAGUCGGUUUCUUGAGGAAAAGGAAAACAAAAUCAUGGAUUUGGAGACUACUGUUGGUGAUCUUAAAGAAGAAUCGAGUAAUAAAGCCCAACUGUUAGAAAAUAUUCAGAGUGAUAAGGCUGCCCUUAGUCGAGCCUUAACACAAAACAAAGACCUUAAACAACAGUUGGCAGAACUUCAGAAUGGAUUUGUGAAAAUGAGUAAUGACAGUAUGGAACUAAUGACCAAAUUACAAUCUGAAGAACACAGAGCUCAUGAAUUAGCUGAUCGAUUGGCACAACAAGAGGACGAACUGAAGGAUAUGAGAGAAUUGCUUGCUUCACGGGAUCUAAAACUGGAUGAGAUCCAAAAGUGUGCUGACAAUUUGCAGAGAGAGACUUAUCAGCAGGAGCAAAUCCAGGACCGACUGCGCCAUUAUGAAGCCCAAGCACAGUUAGUAGAAACACUGCAGAGAGAACUGUCUGCCUCCCAGGAUAUGAUGAAUGCUCUUACAACACAGAAUUCUGAGUUGAGGAAUAUGCUUGUAAAGUCACGUGAUAACAAAGAUAUUUAUGAUGAUUCAAAGGAUGAGAAGAGUGACACUAUUAUUGGGUCUUUACAAGCUACUAUUUGUCAACUGGAAGCUGAACGCAACCAGUUAAUUGAAAAUUUGAAUGAACAGCGAAAUCUGUCUGAUAAUUUGAGUGUGAAAGUUGCUGAUGUAGAAGAACAAUUAAAAAUGACCACCAAUCCCGAUGAGAACAUAGUGAGCCGAGUUGAGUUUGAUAAAUUAAAGAAAACUAUGGAAGCAAUCCAGGAGAAAUAUACUCGAGCAAUGAGAGAUAAAGCAGAUCUAUCUGACAAAGCUGACCAACUUGAACACUUGGUGCUGCAAUUACAAGGGGAAACAGAUACAAUAGGAGAGUAUAUUUCUCUCUACCAUCACCAAAGAGCCUUAUUACAGCAACGAGAAUUCCAGAAGAAUGAUUAUAUUUCUCGACUAUCCAAAGACAGAGAAGAAUUACAGGGUAAGCUAGCCAAACUACAAGGACUUGUGAUGCAAAUGUUGCACAAUAAAGGCAGUCUAUCAAAUGCAAGAAUAAAUGACACUUUACUGUCCAAGGAUUAUCAGAACAGUGAAGAUAGCAAUGUAAACCAUUCAAAUGAUAUUCAACCCCACCUACAUGGUGCUACAGUUAUGAACGGGCUUAGUAAAUAUCCAGAAGAUUGGCCAGACUACAGCAGCACUAAUUCAUCUGAAAGUGUAGUCGAGGCUAUUGUAGCAGGUGAAUCAAUGGAACAUAUAGCUGAUUUGCCAGAAGACCAGGUUUUUAAAUCACAGCUUGAGAAAAAUGCGGAUCUGUCACCAGUGCCUCUUCGUAAUACAUCUAAAUCUGAACAAUUACUUCAAAAAUGUAACAUAGAAGAAGAUAACCCCACUGCAAGAAAGAUAUUGGAUUUAUUUUCCGAAAUAGACAGCAACUUAUGUGAUGCUGUUCCAUAUGGUGGUCGCAAGUUCUUGCCCUGUAAAUACUGUAAGGGCAUUGUAAAAGAUGUAUAGUUUUAUGUUUCAAGUCACAAGACUACAUUAUGUUUAUUACUGUAUAUUAUAUAUACAAUAUGUAUUAUAAACAGGAGCCAUACAAGGAUGCCUAUUCUAUUGGCUGAAUGUUAUAGGGUGUUACUGGAUUUGUUAUUGAUUAAAAGACGGCUGUUAUAAGAUGAAUGACUAAGAAUAAAUUGCACACAUUAAUAUUGGAUCUCUUGCUAUUUAUUUAAAUUUUCCUUACUUUCAAAUUCUAGUUUUAUUAUAUUCAUUGUAAGGGUGGCAAGCUGGUAGAAUCAUUAGCAUUUUGGACUAAAUGCUUAGCAACAUUUCUUCUGGUUCUUUGCAUUCUGAGUUCAAAUCCUACUGAUGUCAACUUUGCCUUUCAUCUUUCAGAGGUUCAUAAAAUAAGUACCAGUCAAGUACUGGGGUUGAUGUAAUUAGUUAACCCCUGCCCUCUCAAACUGUGGCCUUGUGCCAACAUUUGACAGAAAAAUGUGGCAAGGUGGCAGAAUUGUCAACAAGCUGAACAAAAUGCAUAGUGGUAUUUCUUCCAGCUUUACAUUCUGAGUUCAAAUGCUGCAGAGGUCAAUAAGAAAGUACCAGUUGAGUACUGGAAUUGAUGUAGUUGAUUUAGCUUCUUCCCCUAAAGUUGCUGGCCUAGUGCCAAAAUUUGAAACCAUUAUAUAGAUUAUAAGGUCAUUGGGAAAUAUCUUACUGUGAUAUGGGUUAACAUUUAGUUUAGCCGAUUAUUGUUUUCAAAAAUAUAGUCUUGAGUGCAUGAAGAUGGAAAUUUUAGUAUUUUUGUUAUAGGAAUAGCAAGAGUUGAUAAUUGUUUUUAUUUUGUGUAGCAUGUUUCAAGGAUUGCAUCUCUGCAGUUAUUGGUUAGUGGCAACUUAGAGGUUUAGAACAAGUUAAAAGCAAAGAAAGAAGACAGAUUUAGUUUUAUCAUGAACAAUGUAUGAGUGACUGUAAACGUUUUUUUAAAUAAAAAAAAAAGCUCUGAA